AUGGUUAGACCCGCUACGCCAAACAAUAAUUGGCAUGCGCUUUUUUGGGAGGCACUGGAGUUCAAGACCACCCCCGAGGCUGUUUCAAAAGAUGCUCCUCUCCAGCGUGACCUCUCGGUUGAUGAAAAGUACUUCAAAAGAGCGAUGCUCAAGUUCACAGGCUCUUCACAGGUUCAUAUUAACUGUGUCUCCCGUUUUGAACCAGUUACUCAGGUGGCUGUAAACUUCACGGACGGCUCUGCAUUUGUUUAUUUUAGACUUGCACUGACUCAGGCGCACAGUCGCUUGCAUGAUCAGGUCCUUCUGGAUGUGGGCUCUGGAACGGGCAUCCUGUCGAUAUUCGGUGCAAGGGCUGGUGCGAAGCACGUCUAUGCAGUUGAUGCGGCUAAGAGGACUUGCGAACUUGCUGAAAAGAUUAUUGCGGAGAAUGGUCUUACUUCCUCUAUAACAGUUAUAAACAGCCAGGUGGAGGAUGCACAGCUCAGCAGGCUGGACCGAGUGGGUGCCAUUGUGAGUGAAUGGAUGGGUUACUGCCUGCUGUACGAGAACAUGCUCACGUCAGUGCUGCUGGCACGCGACAAGUACCUCCGGCCUACCAGCGACAUCAGCGUAGACGACCUGGCCGCCUGGCGUCGACUGCGCCUCUUCCCCUGUACUGCUAGCCUCUUUGCGGCUGCCUUCACUGAAACCAGCCCAGAAAUGGACGGCAUUGCAGACAACAGUGGCGAGUUGGACAAUGAGGCCUUGGACUGCAUCGAUGAUCCCCAAAAGUACACCCGAAAGAAGGUCUGGUCAGAGCUGUCUGAGCUCUAUCAGGUAAACACUUUCGUCUUGCGGCCGCAGAGCAGAGCCCAGUGGGGUUUUUGGGAUUAG